GUCGUCAGAUUUAACCUUGCUUCCUACCGUCGCUCAUUGCAGCCCCCCAUGCACCGCAUCGCCCUCAGAAACACCACCCGGGCCCGUGUCCUCGCCGCCGCUGGCAAGGCCGCUCCGGCUUCGCGCAACUACGCGACCGCGAAGUCUGCUGCUUCUGAGGUCUCCUCCAUUCUCGAGUCGCGGAUAGCAGGUACUUCUGUCGGCGGAAAUGUUGAGGAAACCGGUCGCGUCCUCAGCGUCGGUGACGGUAUCUCCCGUGUCUGGGGCUUGAAAAACGUGCAGGCCGAGGAGAUGGUGGAGUUCUCCUCUGGCAUCCGCGGCAUGUGCCUCAACUUGGACGCUGACCACGUCGGUGUCUCCAUCUUCGGUUCCGACCGUCUCAUCAAGGAGGGCGACACCGUCAAGCGUACUGGCCAGAUCGUCGACGUUCCCGUCGGCCCGAAGCUGCUCGGCCGCGUCGUCGACGCCCUCGGCAACCCCGUGGACGGCAAGGGCCCCAUUGAGGCCGCGGAGCGCCGCCGUGCCUCCGUCAAGGCCCCGGGCAUUCUGCCCCGUCGCUCUGUCAACCAGCCCAUGAUGACCGGUAUCAAGCCCAUCGACGCCAUGGUGCCCAUUGGUCGUGGCCAGCGUGAGCUGAUCAUCGGUGACCGUCAGACCGGCAAGACCGCCGUCGCCAUCGACACCAUUCUCAACCAGAAGCGGUGGAACGACGGCAAGGACGAGUCGCAGAAGCUCUACUGUGUCUAUGUCGCUGUUGGCCAGAAGCGCUCGACCGUCGCCCAGCUCGUCAAGACCCUUGAGGAGAACGACGCGAUGAAGUACACCAUCAUCGUCGCCGCCACGGCCUCCGAGGCUGCGCCUCUCCAGUACCUUGCUCCCUUUUCUGGCUGUGCCAUGGGCGAGUGGUUCCGUGACAAUGGCAAGCACGCUCUCAUCAUCUACGACGACUUGUCCAAGCAGGCCGUCGCUUACCGCCAGAUGUCCCUGCUCCUCCGUCGUCCCCCCGGUCGUGAGGCUUACCCCGGUGACGUCUUCUACCUCCACUCUCGUCUCCUCGAGCGUGCAGCGAAGAUGAACGACAAGUUCGGUGGCGGUUCGCUCACUGCCCUCCCCAUCAUUGAGACCCAGGGUGGUGAUGUGUCCGCGUACAUCCCGACCAAUGUCAUUUCCAUCACUGACGGCCAGAUCUUCUUGGAGGCUGAGCUCUUCUUCCGUGGUGUCCGCCCGGCUAUCAACGUCGGUCUCUCUGUGUCUCGUGUCGGCUCUGCGGCCCAGACCAAGAUCAUGAAGAAGUUUGCCGGUUCGCUCAAGCUGUACCUCGCCCAGUACCGUGAGGUCGCGGCGUUCGCGCAGUUCGGCUCUGACCUCGACGCGUCGACGCGCUUCCUGCUCUCGCGUGGUGCGCGCUUGACGGAGCUCCUCAAGCAGGGCCAGUACCAGCCGCUGCCGACGGAGAUCCAGGUGCCCAUCAUCUACGCGGGUGUCAACGGUCUGCUCGACUCCAUCCCUGUCGACCAGAUCACGAAGUGGGAGGGCGAGUUCCGCCAGCACCUGACGUCGACGCAGGGCCCGCUCCUUGAGGAGAUUGCGACUGGCCAGAUCACGCCGGAGCUGGAGGGCAAGAUCAAGAAGGUCGUCGAGGACCACGUCUCGUCGUUCACCUCGGCAUGAGCGGGUCGUCGCUCGGUCGUGCUGGCGAGGACCGUUGGCGGGUAGCGGGGGCUUCGUUGGUCGUGGAUCAGGCGCGUUCGGUGGAGCGGUCGUGUAUGGUGGACUGUUGACUGCUGUAUCGACUGGCGAGCGUAUAGACCUGUUGACGUUCGGUAGACUCUUCUGUUGACGUUUCCCCUGCGCGCCUCGGCUGGCGGGUCUCUAUCGGGGCUGCUUUUACAUACACUUCUUGCGCCGGCGGCUUUUGGCUACUCGUUACAAAAAUGAAGAAUGGCUGCAUGGAAUGAGA